AUGAGUAAAGGGCUGGAAAUGAUCCUGCGUUGUCAUAACUUUGAUGUCAAGCCAGAGAUGGUCAACGAUGAAAUAGUGGAAACAAAUUUGCUUCUUUUUAUGACUGGUGACUUGGUUGUAAAGAAGCAUUCCAGGAGCCUUCACAUGUCAGAUUCAGAUCUUAUGGAGAUAUCUGGGUUCAACAGCCAGGACUGGGAUACUAUGAAGAUUGCAACUGCUAUGAAGAUGAUAGCUUAUCCAGACGAAAAAGUUGAGCACCCUCCUGAGAUGUUCUCAAAAGAUGAGCUAUCGAAGAUACAGAAAGAUGCAAGUAAAUAUAACGAUAAGAUCAUCAAGCACGAUGUCGCUAAAGUCUUCGAAGAAUUGGUGCGUGCCAAAAGAUGUAAGGAGAUUAAGGUGACACUCAUGCGGCACUUGGUUCGUGAAGCUACCUUGAUGGUUGGGGAAACUGCAAACAAGAGGCUCAAUCAAGCUGAUGACUGA